AACCUUUGCAGAUCCUGCACUCAGGCCGAGCGCCUCGCGCAACUUCAGCAAGUCGACAGGGAGCACCAGGAGAAGCUCCGACAAUUAGAGGCAGAGUUCGCACGCCGCUGCGAAGAGCGCACACAGCAGCUGACGGCAGAACUCGAAAGGAAGAGUCGAACAGAGGCGGAAAGACAGGUCGAGGAGAAGACGCGGAGCUUUCGCGAGCAGUUGGAAAAGGAGAAGCGAGCGCAGCUGGAAAAGGAAGUUCAGGAGAAGCUGCGCCCUUCAACCGCAGCAUUCGAGCGAGAAGCGCGGGUCAUUCUUGAGAAGGAGGCAGAGGAACGUGUGCGAAGCUCCAUCCCGGAGAUAGAACGCACGGUGAAGGAGAAGCUGGAGAAAGACGCGGAAGAGAAGGUCAGGGCCUCGCUGCCACAGCUUGAGUCACGCCUUCAGCAGGAGCUCGAAGCAGAGGCUCUCCAGCGCCUUUCGGCGGAUCGACAUCAGAUUGAAGAGGCAGCAAGGAAGCGGCUUGAGCAGGAAGCCGAAGACAAAGCCAGGAGAGGUCUCCCCGACAUGGAAAGAACCGCGCGAGAGAAGCUUCAAAAGCAGGCGGAUGACACGGCUGCAGCUAUCGACAAGGUCGCGCUUGAGGCGGAGGUCGACGAGAAGCUGAAGACCUUGAAGGAGCAGCUGGAGCGCGAGAAGCGCUCCAGGCUUGAGAAAGAAGUCGAGGAGAAGCUGCGGCCAUCCGCAGCUGCCUUCGAGCGAGAUGCGAGGGCAAAGCUGGAGAGGGAG